GGGUCCCCACCGGUCCCAUCCCGGCCAUGCCCGCAGUGACCGUGGCUCCGCAGGCCGUGCCAUGGUGCAGCUCGUCGUGUCCAGCGCGGGCGGCCUGCCCCGCUGGGUGCUGCUGGAGCUGCAGGGCGAGGUGGAGGCGCGGAGCGGCGGCGCGCUGCCCGGGAGCCUGCUGGGAGACCUGCACUACACCCGCGAGGGCGUCCCGGUGCUGGUGGUGGGCCACCACGUCCUGUACGGGAAGGUGGUGACGCUGGAGAAGCCCUUCGCCGUGCUGGUGAAGCAGGCGGCCGGCCCCGCGGAGCCGCACGGCCGCUACGCCGUCAGCGCCCUCAUCAAGACCAAGCUGCUCUUCAAAACGCGCCCCAAGCCCAUCAUCACCAACGUGCCCCGCAAGGUGUGAGGGCGCCGGCCCGCUGCCGGCACCACCGUGCCCAGAACAGGAGGACACCGACCUGCUGCCAGCACCACCGUGCCCCAGGCGCGUGGACACGGACCUGCUGCUGGUACCAGCGUGCCUAAGGCACGAGGACAGGGACUUGCUGCCACCACGGGGCUCAGCCCUGGCCCUGUGGGCACCCCAUUCCCGUCCCGGGUCCCCUGUCCCCCCCCUGCGGUGACCCAGGGGAGAGCCGGGACAGGACCCAGCACCCCUCCGAGGUGAGGAGCGUUGGGGGGAGCCCAGCUGCAGCCCCGCGGGGGCAGGCUUGGCUCUGCGGCCGUGCUCGUGCUGCGGGGGGGCGCUUUGGCUCCCUCUCAGCCUCGCUCACCAGCAUCUGUCCCUCCCCAAAACCACCCCUGCAGCUCUGGGGGCAGCUGGGGACAGGCAGGGUCCGUCUCAGCACCACCUCCCCACAAGGCUCCCCCCGCCCAGGGGGGCACUCCGUGGAUUUGGGGCAGGGGCAGAGCGGGGCUGACACGCUGGCGUUCCUCUGUGCAAGUCUUUAUUGUGACAAAUCCAGCGGGCUAUAAAAAACAGACCUCUCAAAAUAUGAGAAAAACACGGGUUAAAAAAUAAAUAGAUUUACAAACCA